AGAAAACAAGACGAGACCAGAAGAGACCAUUCAAGAGGACAGUGUGGAUAGGGUCUGCAUUAGACCUGCAGCAGUGCACCCUGAGUAGAGGAGACUACACCUAGUGUGGCGGGCCGUAGUAAUGUCAGACUGAACGGUCUUAUAAAUACUAAAAGUAUCGCUGAGGAGGAGGAUCUAAAGGAUCCGCCAAAAUGGGGGUAACGGAGGCCUUCGUGUGUCUCGCUUUUAAUUUCACCCUCUGCUCCGUGCUGCCGUUUUCCCCCACUACACUCCUCAUGCCCGCUAUAAGCACGCGCGCUGGAUUCACACCGUCCCGUAGAGGAUGCGACUCCUCGGAGCUGUCGCGCGCCGUCGCCGUGGUCGCGAGCGCGGUUCAGGAGCAUUACAGCACGACCCGCAUUUUCUGUAACGACGACUUCUGUUACAACUUUCCGCGAAUCAAGAACAGAUUUCGUCGAUCUUUCGCGAGCGACCCUGACGGCAAUCCGGCUGGUCAGGCGUUCCUUCGCGACGCAUUGUGCGGGGAGGUGCACUUGAAACGCGGCGCGCGCCUGUUCCCCAUGGGCGCUCCAAUGUCGCAGCCCGUGUCCAUAAUGCUGCGCGAUCCAGUUCCCCCCUUGCCCCUGGCGGACGAAUCCCGCCUCUCGCUCUGCCUGCGCCGCGCGCUGCUCCCCCCGCUGCCCUUCUUCGUGCCCCUGGUGGCUCCGCCAACGGCGCUGGACGUUUCGCCCAAGAGCAAGGCGCGGGGAACGAUGAUGCCACCGCAGGGGGGCGGAAACGUGAUGACGCGGCAGUUCAACGAGGUGAUGAUCAACCUGGGCGUGCAGCAGGUCAACCAGCAGAAGUUCGACGAGGCCAUCAACACGUUCACCCUGCUGCUGGACGAGCUGGGCAACAGCGCGCCUGCUCUCAUUGGCCGAGGCACAGCCUAUGCGCUCUCGGGCAAGAUCAAAGAAGCCAUCGAAGAUUACUCCCUGGCGUGCGAGCUGGAGCCCAAGAUGCUGGACGCGUGGCGCAGGAGAGCGCAGGCCAGAGCCGCCAUAGGGGAGAUCGAUGGGGCCAUAGAGGACUUCACCAUGGCUCUCAGCCUGGAGAAGGGGCAGAUGGACCUGCUUAUGGAGCGAGGCAUGGUUUACUCGAGGGCGCGGCGGUUCUAUGAGGCGGCAAAGGACCUGCGGGCAGUGGUGGCGGUGAUGCCCAAGGAGGAGAUGGCGCAUGUGGCUCUGGCCGAGGCCCUAGUGGGGCUAGGGGAAGCAGAGGAGGCGAUGGAGAUAUAUGAGAAGAUAGUGGCAGGCAACCCCGGGAACAGGAUGGCAUGGGUGUACAUGGGACAGGCUGCUCGUGAACUGGCUAUGCCGGACAAGGCCGAGCAGGCGUACAGAAAGGCCACCCAACUGGAGCCCAGGUUCGCCCACGCUUAUCGCCUCUGGGCGCUGCUCAAACACGCCAUGGGAGACCACAAGCAGGCUCUGGAGCUGGUGCGGGCGGCAAUGCAGUUUGAGCCGGAGAACGUGGAGGGGCACUACAUCAAGGGGUCGUGCCACCACGCGCUGGGGCAGCUGCAGGACGCGGUGGUGACGUACGAUGCCCUGCUCUCCAAGGCCACGCGGCCCGAGGAGCAGCCCCUUCUCUUCAUGGCGUUCUACCAGAGGGAGGUGGCUCAGUUCACGGCCCUUCGCCUCAACAGCCCUCUCCUCGAGUUCGACUUCGAAGACACGUUUGGACCCCAGUUCAAGCAAGCAUGGGCGCAGCGAUCCAUACCAACUGACCUCUUCCCCGCCUACCGCCCGCAGCCGUACCGAGCAGCAUUUGACAACCAGAUGAAGCCAGAGAAGCAGAUGAGUGAGCAGGUGAAGCGGGGCCGCAAGGACCUCAUCAGAGCAGCAGACACAGUGGGCUCCCGCACGCAGUACACCUCCCCGGGCUUCCUGCCCAACCAGAGGCAGCACCGGGCAGCCGGCAUGGCAGCAAUAGAGAUGAUGCAGGCUGCACGGGCCACAUGGAAGGAGCAAGGGGCAGGCAAGCAAGGGAAAGGCGGUGGGAAGAAGGGCGCCAAGCGGAGCGACCACUACGACGACUAUGACGAUGAUGAGGAGGAGGAGGAUGAGGAGGAGGAGGGGGGGAUCACGGUGGGCGGGUGGAGGGACCUGUACUCCAUUGCUGUGCGGUGGCGGCUGUUAUCGGAGCCGUGUGACCCUAUAGUGUGGAUCGACCAGCUCACAAAGGAGGAGUUCACCAAGGGCUUUGGUGCCGUGACGGCGAUGGUGCAGGGGCACACCAAGAACCUGCGAUACUACGCCAGCUAUGACAGGGCCUUCGCCCUGAUCAAGGACGAGAUGUUGGAGCAGGGGGCGGUGGAGAUAGGAGACCUCACAAAGAAAUACGAGAUACCCGUUGAAAUGGACGCUGAGGUGGAGGCAGCGGAGACACUGGAGGAGCUGUGGAACGUGGUCGGGCAGAACUUCCUCAUCACCGUGCCCUGCUUCUCCACCGCGCAGCCCGACUACAUGCUCAACGGGACAACCCUCGCCAUCCGAAAGAUGCCGGAUGGGGCGUUUGACUUUGCCAUCAAGAUGCCGCUCACGCCCCCGAGGUGGAAGGACUAUGAUGCCGAGCUGUCUGCAGCAUGGAAGAACCUGUGUGAGGUGAUGGCAGAUGGCAAGAAGGGCAAGGACGACAAGCUGGUGAAGAAUGCCAUCCUGCGAGUCGUCUACUACUGGUACAACUUCUCCCCACUGGCGCGUGGCUCUGCCAUGGGGGGCUAUUCCAGUCUGCUCGGCCUCUUCCUCGCUGCCGGGAAGGAGAUCACUGCCAAGCCACCGCCCGAUGUUCAGUUGGAUUGGGAGGCCAUCUUGUCGCCAACACUGGAGGAGUUUAUAUCGAGGGUGUCCAAGUGGCUCUUUGUGGGAGCCACAGAUGCCUCCGACUUCCACGAUCUGUUAGAUGUGCAUGAAGCGUUCCCCACCGUUGGAUCGGCCAUCCGCAUGCUCUCUAAAUACUAGAUAUCUUCAACUUCUAAAUACUAGUAUGGCGGAUGGGCACUAAGAAUUGUUGCAUUGUAGUUUGUAACCAUUAGACUCCUAACACUCGUAACAUGAAAUGUUAGGAAGUAAGAUUUUGUGGAGCUCAGAGAGGCACGAUGUGCCUUGUAAGGGGUAUGGUGAUCUCGGGGAGGUGGUGUCGGCUCCGCUUGUGGGUGCUGUACAUCGCGGCACAUUAGCGUGUAUUCCAAGGGAUCGACAAGGAAACCCAUGGUUAAAGCCCCCGUCUCAUAAUUCUAGGAUCCGACCAAGUGUAAAAUGCUUGGUACCCAGUUACGCUGGCGAAUAUGAAGAGACAGGCAAGGAAGUGCCUCGGACAGUGUGUUUCUUGCUGGGGGG